CUUAACAAGCUAAGCUGUUCUUUUUUAUGAUUUUCUGGACAAAGUAGUGGUAGGGUUAGGCCUUGUGAUCUUCAAAUCCAAUUAUAGAAAUGUAGAUAUCCUGAAUUAUAUAUAUCUAAGCAAAUACAUGUUUGAGUAUUUUUAUAUCUAAUAUUAUAUAAAUUGCAUUGCUGGACCCGUCUGAGGCAUCUCUUCCACAAAACUUGAAUGUCAUUGGCUAAGGGACUGGGAUUUGUUUGGCAUGCCUCAAAACACCCAGAUGCACCAGCACAUUGGUUUCUGUACUGUGAAAGAGAGAGAAUCUUAAUUCUUCUUCCUCAGCUUUUUUAUAUGUAGUUUAUUUGAAAGUUCUGUGCACUAUAUACUGGUGAGGAAUGUGAGGGCAAGGUCAUCUUCUUUCUCUGUCAAAGCAAGCUGUGGCUCAAGUUGAGCUUCAGGAGGAGUUAUAUAGCUUUUUUUUUUUUUGCCUUUUCUGAUCUUUUUCCUUUGCAAAACACAGUUCCCUUUUCUUGUGCUCUUUCGUUUCUUCUCCAACCGGUUGGUAACGUAAAGCUGUGAUCUUCUUAAUUGCUAUAGCUCUAGAAGAAUCUCUAACAGGUGGAAUAGUGAAAGGUGAUUGAGCAUUGGAGUAGAUAUGUGAUCUACUUUUUAAGCAAAUUUAUUGGAAAGAAAGGGAUCAAAUCCAAAUUCAACUCUUUUUAUCCUUAGAUAUUCUUUUCUUGGGAUAAACCCAUUUGCAUAUUGUACAAGAAACUACAUUAAACUCCAAUGGAGAAGCUUCUUAGGCCGUACGAUAAGGAGUGUAUGAGGAUGGCAAUGUUAAAACAUGAAGAAACAUUCAAAGAACAGGUCUACGAGCUUCAUCGUCUAUAUCGAAUCCAGAAGAGAUUGAUGAAAAGCUUUGAAAGCGGCAGGCCUAAUGGAAGCUUUACCUCGAAGAAUAAUAGUCAGCUUGGGAAUAUGCAUCGGAAAUUAAGGAGACUUGACUUGGAACAUCCGGCUGUUGAGGAAUACAGUGUAGCAGAAUCAGAUCAUGGUAACAGAAUGUUAGAAGUCAUAGAUGAGAGCGAGAUUGAGCUGACGUUAGGGCCCACAAGGUACAUGCCGAGGAAGAAACAUGGGACUCCCCCUCUAACUUCGGAUUCUGGAGCAAGCUUCUCUUCUUCUUCCACUGAAUCCAGUCAUAUGAACAGGACAAGUAGUUCCAUGACCAAACAGACCAGAAGAGAAGAAUUAAGUGAGCGUGAGCUGGGACUCCUCCAGGUCACUGACAUGACAUUGGGGUAUCAAAAUGGAAGUAAAAACAAUAUUGAUCUUGAAGAACAAUUGAGACAGGAGAGAUUAAAACAGCCUCCUUGGCUUUUCCAAGUUCUAAGUAUGAAUAUGACUUGAAAAAAAGAAAGAAAAAAUCUUUCAAAAUUGAUAUGAUUAGAUUUUAGACUGCUUCUUAUGGACUAAUUUUCGGUGAUUGAUCUUUGCGUGGAAGUUUCUGCUUAGUUCUUUUAGCAAAAAUGGGUGAUGGAGUCUUUUGUAAAGAUCACUUAUUUCCCUGACUUGCAAAACCCAUUACCAUACAUAUUGACUUGAUAUUUUGUUGAGCUAAGCUUUCCAAUCAGUCUAUCCUUUCGAGUCCCACUUUGGAUGACUUUUGAGUACAAGAUAACACCUUUAUAUUUUUCUCUUUGAUUUGAUCAACCUUUA